AUGACCCUUGUUCAUGCCCGUGGUAUUCAACUGGUAACUGGUCGCUUAGGUUGCUCCCUUGAGGGCGCUGGCAAGCGCCGGAUAUUUGCUAUUUCCAACUACAUGAAUCAGCGAUUGCUUAAGCCUGUCCACCAAGGGUUUGCGGAGGCAGGGACGCCCAUAGUUCCCUGCUCUAACUCCUCAGAUUUCCCUUUGCUUUCUUUAUUACUUAUCGCACGUGCCCAGUCUCAACGUCACUUCCCAAACCUAAACCGCCUUUCCCAGAUCUAUGAAAGUAAAGAAAGUGUUGGGACCGAGGGCCAGCUUGGAUUGGGCAUGCUUUCUUAUGCUACUACUACACAUCCUAUGACUCUUCCUUCCUUUCGGAAAGCUCAGUCCUCGAGGGAGGAUCGGAGAAUAAACUCUUUACGUUAG